GAUUUGUGUACCGUAGUCGAAAACAACAACGUAAACUUGAAAGGGGUGAUUCAAUGCAGCUAUUCUCGAGUCGCUGGUUCGAGGAACAGGAAUCUUUACACCCACGCUUCGCGGUUCGCACUGGGAAAAAAUUCCAAAGCGAUUACAAAAUCGCAAGGCGGGGUCGUAAGAAUUCUAGGCGCACGGCGAAAAGCUCUCAGAAACGCUCACGCGCGCACAAUACUGAAAUUAUUUUUCAAGCGCGCGUACAAUGAACGAAUCUGUCUUGGCACCAGUUGAAGCGAGUCAGCCAAGUUUUACAUCGGAAUCACUACAGGAAACUUUAGAGGAACAUGAACAAAAUGAGAAACCCUUACAAGCGGAAGUCCCCGGGAAGGGAAAGAAAGGUCGGCCGAGAAAACACUUCCCAGAGGUAAAGUGCUUUGACAGAAGUGUGUAACUUGUUUGUUUCAGGUACAUUUCAGUACUCGUGAAUCGCAGGUUUGGUGAAUUGCACGCGCGCACUUCAGUGAUUAAUUUCGAGCACUAAAUUUAGCUCUAUUGAUAUCGAUUGAUCAUCAAAUGUUUGUUAACUUUUCCCACCGCAGAAGGCGCAAGAUGACGGGUCCCCGGUGAUAAAAAGACCACGAGGAAGGCCCAAAGGAUCAAAGAAUAAAAAUCCGAAGGUAGGCUGCGAUAGAGUAUGAGCUUUGCGAACUGCGCGCGUUCUAAUUUGCGUGAAAACCCUUUCUCGCGCGCGAGAAUGGCGUGCUCUGAUAGUAUUGUAUUGUCACAGAAUCCAUGUUAUGCACAGUUGUGGUAUGGAUAUUUUUGGCUGACCUGUCGAAUACAUGCACCCCUUUUAUGAUCCUAUUAGACCACCAGAGGAUGAGGGCGCGAGAAAAAUCACGCACAAGCGUUGUUAUUAGCUUGUCAUACAUGUAAUCUUGAUUCGCGUUUGGCGCUUCACUUGCUACCUUGUUUUUUCUCUUGUUUCUGGGAAAGGCCAAUUUUACCUCGCUCCGAGAAUUUUGACGUGAGCGCACUUUUUGUUGUGUGGUUAAUAAUGCAGAAAAGGCCAAGAGGCAAUCCUUUUGUACAAUCGAUGUUUACAACUUCGAUGCAUAAUAACUUCGUUAUGCGUGCUAAGCAAGAUAAAAUACAGCGUCCUCGCGCCACGGAAAGGCGGCGGCAAGUUUGAAGACACUCAAACCACCACCAAAACUCGUGUGAGUGUGUCAUUAAUCAGUUCCCAUGUUCUACUAGACUUCCGGUGUUUAAAAAUCCGUUUGGGAAACUUUUCGUGAACGUAUGUUUCCCGAAGCGUGAAAUUCUCGGCAUAGUUCCGUGCAGACACCUAAAUCACGUGAAUGUCGAGUUUGUGCAUGCGUGGUCAUAGAGGAGCGUGCAGCACGUGGUCCAUCUGUUGUUUUCGCGGGAAAAAAAAUAAUAAACCGCCAAGAAAGGUGAAUGACAACGUAUUAAAAAAUUGCACGUGUAGGGUUUUUGUGUAGGUUUUCAUUUUUACAUCUGGACAAUGUGUGGAAGAGCUUUAAUCGGAAAACAGUUACUAUAGAAAGUACACUCGGCCGGUAUUAAGAAAUUAAUCUUGGAUCGUUGCCCAAUGGGCGAGAAAGGAAAAAAUUAUCACCGAAAAUCGCAGGAAAAUUGGCGAGAAGUAAAAGGUGAUAUGUUACGCAAGUGCGGAAAGAUGAUGAAGUCCUACGCGGAAAUUAAAUUGAAGGCAACAUCUUCCUGCCUGUGCUUGUUCAAUGAAAAUUCAUUUUGUGACAAAACGCCCUUGUUGAUAAUCUUCGUUCUCUGUAACCAUUUUUUUCUAUAAUGUGGGCUUCGUGGCGUGGAGAGCAAACAUUGAGCAACAUUGAACUGAAGAAAAUGAAGCGAUCACUCCGCGCUUUUUUGUACAUUGAUUUUUGCAUAAAAUGUUUGUCAAACAUCAAAUGGGGCGCCCUGCCCACACUUUGAAAUAUAUAUAUUUUAUCUUAGCAGCCUUUAUCCGUGAAACUAUACAUCGUGCACUGAAUAGAAUUUCAUUUUUACGGCCACGUGCUUUUAAUGCGGGGCUCUAAAACGAAUUCUCAGCACGUCGGUCUGGGUUGAUUUUUUCGCCCUGACAUGAAGAUGAUAACGAAAUUGUCGCAGCGAGCCCAUGUUGACAAAAAAGAUUGGAAAUUUUAAUAGCCAACAGAACGUUUCUAUCUCGCUGGGCUACUUUGACAAUUCCAGAUCGAGUUCGUUCGGGGAUGUGUGGGUUGACGAAAUAAUAAUAUAUUUUCGAGUGAAUUUUUGUGAAAGGAAGCUUAAAAUAAGAACUUUCCUGUGGUGUUAUUCGUGCUUUCAAUUGGAAUUUGAAAGAAAAAUGUCAAAUUUCUAACGUUAGGGAGUGCAAACUUUCAAUGAACAGGAAACCGCAACAAAAGAUUACCAUGAAACUAGUCUCUUUGACAUGUUGAAUUACAACGUUACCAAAACAAAACAAAGCAAAGAAACACUUCAAGAUUAUUUUCUUUCCUUCCUAUUUGGGUGAAAUUUCCUUGCUGGAAAUUACAAUUAUGGCCUGAUAAGCCCAUGAAGAUUGUUGCUUUAAUAUUCCGCCUUCGCUCUUGUUUCUUGGUUUCUGUCGCGCGCUCAAACUUUAAAAGUUAUCGAUGUUAUCUGCGAGUGUGAAGGUUUACCCACUUUACGCUAUUAGCGACAGAUUUCGAAACAAAUUUGCAGAUAUAGUUUGAUAAUCCUAAGGUCAGGUGGUUUAGUUUUUAGACUUCCUUUUAGUUUAUCACUUUGUAUUCUUUAAGAACUGCAGCUGUCUUCGAGGACAACUGUGUUCUUGAUUCGAUUUAGAAUCCAAAAAUGCGUUUUAAAAACUCCACUUUACUCUAGGGUCAAAUUUGCAUAUACAUGUAUUCAAAUCGAUCUGUUAGCGAUGCCCUUAUAAACUAAUUUAAAUAGAAUUUUACUUGUAAAAGCAAAACGCUGAGUUCAAAAUUACAGUUUUAUGAUUUCGACCUCAAAUAACGGGACAACCAAUAUCAUUCUUACAGCUCGAAACUACUGAAAAAGUUCGGGCUUGUUAGGUUUCUGUAUAAUGCAUCAAAGCUUCAAACUGGUUGAUUACGCAAUUCCUGCAGCAAAAUUCUGAGUUAACGGAAUGGUUUAUGGGAUUUUCGACUCUUAAACCGAACUUGUCGCCUAUUGAAGAAAUUUUUUUUUCCACAGAGAUCUUAAGCAUUCAAAAGAAAAUGAUGACCCCAUAAAAGAAAUCUCUUUAAACCCUAUUGUUGCUGAGCAAUUAAAGAUGACACGACCACGUGCUUUCCGUAUUCAAUGAAGCUUACUUCCAGAACAAUAACAAAAAAACUGCGUCCCUCACAAAAUCGAUAAAAGCUUUUUACGGGACGAAAAUCUUCGAGACUUUCACAUAAUUGGCGGAAGAGUUAACUACCCGUAAUGUCUGCUAGGAAAGCUUUUUUAUCUAUUUUUUUUGUGCAUGAUUAGGGCGGUGUUGAGUGAACCGAAAAGUUUAUUAAGUACAUGGAAACAAUACGGGAGGAAUUUAUCAACAACAUCAAAGAAAAUUCUUUUUAGGAUCAUUUUUGUGAAGACCAAACAUUGAAAAAUUAUGACAAAAAGAAGAAAGAAACGAAUAAUGAAGCAAAAACUCUUUCAUGUCAAUGAAUUAUCUAAGGAAAUUUUAGAAUUUGACUGAGUUUCACGGAUUUUCUCUUUUUUUGUUCUUUAUUCUUUCUCUUGCGUAAAUUUAUUCCAACGUGUCGUUACGAGUACUUUUCAGCAAUUCAUUGUUAUUUUUCAAGUUUUUUACUUGAUGUGCAUCAUGUUCUUUACAAUGGAAAUCUGCAAAGGUGUAAACACAGUGCUUUUGAAUUAUGAUCUGUGAAUUAAAUUUUUAAGUGAAACAAUGAAACCGUUUUGCACUAUUCUUUCAUGUUACCCAAGAGGGUUCUCCCCAGGUUUUUGUCCCUUUUAAAUUGCACCAAAAAUUUCACAAUAAUCAGAAGGAAAUAGAACGCUGCUAAAGAGGAUUUCUGUAAACAAACUCUAAAACUAUUAAAAAAAAACCUUCACGUUAUGUCUGUAUGCCCCCCCCCCGGGGGGGGGGACUCCCGGGAAUCCUCAGUCGGGGUGAAUCAGCCGGUUCUCCAAGUCCUGUCCUUAUUUUAGACCAUAAAUUGUCAUUUUCCAUACCCUUUUUUCGACCUGACCUAGGCAGAAAUUAUGUCAUCCGCGUUACUUAGCUUAGAAUGCCAGCAAAAAGAUUUCUUAAAAUCCAUUUCGAAUUCGUAUCUUACUCUUUCUUUCUUUUUGAUUUGGAAUUGAAACGAUAAAUACUUUCAUGGACUCCCGCAGUUCCUUGAAAAACCAUACACAAUUCCAGACCAAAAUGGGCAAAGUCGAUACUCGUUCUCAGACUAAAACAGCACAAAAGCCCUACCCUUUAGGGUGGCACUUACGUAUUUAUGCCUUAUAUAACAGAGUACCCCCCGGGUCUGUAUCAUUGACUUUGGGUCCGUGGACUUACAAGUAAACAUAAGGAGGUAUAUUUUACAAUUAUUUAUGAUUAACAGAUUACCCUAACGUUUUAGUCUUAUGAAAAAGAUAUUAGUGUGGCCUGAUUCAAACUAGAGCUAUUGAACAGUAUUUUCAUGUGGUACUGUUUAUUAUGCUGUACAACGCGGUUCUAACUUUUGAGUCUGUGGAUGAAAUCCUUAAGUGUGACCAUUUAAAGGAAAGCUACUGAGCAUGAGUACGUUCCUGCGGUACUGUUUAUUAUGCUGCACAAGGUGGUUCUAACUUAAAGUCUAUGGAGAAACUUUUAAGAGGGACCGGAAAAAUGAAACCUCCUUAGCAGUAGGUUCAUAUUGUACCGUUUUUUUCGUUUUUUUGUUUGUCUUUAACACUUAGAAUUUUUCUUGAAUUUUGCACUCUUGGAAGAGAAUGGACGACACUUUAAUUAAUCUUACACAACAGCUGUAUCUGUUGUUACUGUUCAGAUCGCUGGGCAAUAAACUGUUUUAAAGACCACAUGCCAGCCUUGUAAUUAGGUUACAUCACACAAUAAAAUACAUGGGAUGGGUGUGGAUAUCUUUUAGUACAUCAUGUUCUGCUCAACUCAAAGGGAAGCUCCUAACUUUACAAUUAACACUGAAGCGUUGAAAAUUGGAGAAUUAAAAUUAAGAAAAACAAAGAACUAUGCAACAAGUUUUCAACCAUCUCAAUCUCCUUUAUUAAAUAUGUAGCAAUUCUGAGUGAACUUUUGACAUGGUUGGCUUAAUUUCUUCUACAUGUAUAAUUCAUUUAACCAUGUCAUUUGUCCGGUAUAUAAUAGCCAAUUCUAAUCAAAGACACACAGUGAUAAGUUAUAACUUGCCAGUAACUGUCAGAAUACAUUUUUGUUAGAUUAUUUUUCAUUUGUCUCCGAGAUUGUGCCCUUUUGUUUUCCUUUCAAAUUUAUAUCCUUUCACAAGUGAGUAAACGUUGAAUUAUAUUUAACCCAGUCCUCGGUUGCUUAGCCACUUUAGAUCAGCUUAUCUAAAUUAAUAAAAGGACCAACAGUUUUACACUGACUCAUACUUAUUGUCUUGUAUUUUGGCCCAAAAUGUAGUGUCAAUGGUCACAACGCAAGAUUUCAUUUGCACUCAAAAAUUAGAAAAUAUCUCCAUUAUUAAGGUGGGUACACACUAGGUGACAAGUUGCAGCAACAAAUCGCUGUGUGUACUGGAGAAUUUUUGGAAAACCUUUGUCGGUCCAACAGAAUUCAGUCCGAUUUGUUUUUUGGCGACUUGUUGCAGCAAUAACAUUCUGUUGCGGAGACAAAGAUUUUCACAAGUACACAUGAAGCGAUUUGUCGCUGUGACAUGUCGCCUCACUGUGUUGCUGCAACUAGUCGCCCUACCUGUACACAGGGAGUGAUCUGUCGCCGUGACGUGUUGUUGCAACUUGUCACGUAGUGUGCACUGACCUUUAAGGCUUGGGAGUGAAGGAUUAACCUGGUAAUAUUUUUGCUUGAUUUACCAGCCCAAACCAAUUCCCACUGGACCAAAGCGACCCAGAGGAAGACCUAGGAAAUGGGUAAGAAAAAUAGAUUUCCGUCCCCACCCCCCUCCCCCCCUUCCCCCCUUCUGUGGAGCCGGGUCCCAGGCUCAUUGCAGUGUAUGUUGCAGGUCAGUUUUAUCCUUGGUGCAAAUUUUAUUUUCUAAUAAUCCUCCAGAUGAUUCAAACUUGCUACAUCACAAUAUCAUGUGAAAACCACAAAAAGGAAACAAAAUUUCCGACAAGGAUUAAACUGAACCACAUAGGCCUUCCUGAGGGGAAGGGUGGAAAUAGCUUUUUCAGCUUUUUUUGGGGGGGGAGGGGGAGAGUGGAGAGUGGGGUGAUCAUCAGAUAAUUGGUUAGCGGGGGGCUUAUUUAACAUGAUAUGAAAGAUAUUACCAGGGUAUAUUAUGCAUUAUUACUUUUAGAGCAGUCAACGGUCACACUAACUCAUUCUUACUAUUGGUCACUUACAAUACUACACUCACUGAUCCCUUGCGUUUGUACAAUCUGCACUAUUCAUUUGCCGAUGUUUUCAAAGAAGUUUGUUUACAUCUAGAAACUGUUUAGAGUAAUGAAGGUAUCAAUGUUUAGUCAGAGGGGGGGGUAUGGGCAUAGGUGCAGCAUUUGAACACCUCCUUUGUCAAACUGCGGUUCUGUUUUUCACAGAGAGGGAUAUUUUAUCACAUUUGAACUAUUUUCCUGUCCCUACGGUUGGGAAUUUGACCAAAAAGUCGCUAAAAAAAAAUUCAAAUGCUGCACUUAUGCCCAUACCCCUCCCCCUCCAAACAUUGAUACCUGUAUAAGAAAUCAAAUUGGUGCAACUGGGGAGAGGAUUAAAGAGGGCGGGUGCUUAAUACAGUUUUACCGUCCAUAUGGGGAGAGGGGGGGGAGGGGGGAGGGGGAGGGGGGGGGGGAGGGGCAAGAGGGGAUAGGAGUGCUUAACUCAUGAGGUUUGACUGAAUAGUUUCUUGUCCUUCAUUUUUUUAGCCUCCACCUGAUACAUCAUUGCCGAAACGAGGCCGAGGAAGACCAAGGAAAAAUGUGGGUUGUAUGUUGUUUCAAUGACUUCUUUAAGAAGGGUGGGGAGGCUUAAGGGUAAUUUAACCUCAGCGAGUAACAUCUGUGUAGCAGUGCCGAUUUCCUCAUUCUAGGCCCUCACGGACUCAUGAAUUACCAGAGUAAUUCAUGAUGGAGAUAAGUCUGGGGAGUUUGUGAGAACCUAAUGGGGCUUAAGGUUAAUAGUCUCAAAAAAGAUAAAAUUAUUAUUUUUGAUUUUUAAGUUAAUUCUGUGACUAACAGCCCCCUUAACUUUCCAACCAAUUUCUUACCUUAAUAAAAGAAUCUUCUUAAUUCAAUUUAAAUCUAAUUUUACUUAUUAUUUUUCUAAUUAAUGUCUCUCAUGAACAGGCAACUCUGACACCUCAGCUACCAACAAUGGUUGGUGUAGCAGAAGUAGCACCGUUGUCAGCUGAAGGAACAGCGACAGAUACUGUACCUAUAGCAACUGACAUUGUUCCUCCAGAUGACUUAUUUAACAAUGAUGAUGUUGACUGACUUCGCUAGAAAUGAUGAUCGGCAAUGAUGUGCCUAUUAUAUAGUUCCAUGUUCUGUGACCUUGGUUCUAGAAAGGUUGGUUACAAGUCAAAAAGCCAAACUGGUGAAAUACAUAAAGUGCUAAUAUUCUAGAAGGAGGUACAUUAUGUAUUCAAAUGAGAGAAUGAUAUUUUGUGGCUCAUACAUAAGGAUGUGUAUAAUUUUGCUGCUUGUGCAAAAACAAUUUAAUGCUUAUUACAGUUAAUACUGCAAAACAUUGUAGAUCGUUAACAAUCACUUGGACAUGUUCAUGGUGUAACAUAAUAAUAGAUCAUUACUGUUAGUGUUUUGUAGCAAGUGCUGGAAUUUAUUCCACAGGCUAAUGCAAUUAACAAAUGCUACACUAAAAAAACAAGAUGUUAAAUUAUUAGAAUGCACAUUCAUUUGUUAAUGAUGCUUCCCAUAUCAUCUGAUGAGAGAUUCUUGACGAAUCUGUUGGUAAAAUUAUUUAAUGAUGCUUAGAGAUGUCAAGUUGGCAUUCCAUUGCAAAAAGUAUAGCUAUACAUUAAGAAGCUGAUAAUAAUAUUACAGGUUGCUUUAAUUUUUCUUUAAACUACUAUGUACAUAAAAAAUCCUUUCUUAACGUGAUGAAUUAACAUAGAAUUUAAUAUCAUCAUGCAUGCAUUUUAAAGGUGAUAUCUUGAUGUAGUUUAAUAUACCUUGCAGUAGAUUUCCAAUUUAUGCCGUUAAGCCCUAAAAUUGAUCAGCAUCUAGUUUCUCCUUAUUAUACUGGUGCUUUCCAAACACAAAGGUCAUGAGAAUAAACAAAUUGAUCAGCGAAUUCUUAACCAGGGCAGGUUUAAUGACUGAUGAACAGCAGAUUCAACAGAACACUGAUCACAGCAAUUUAAUAGAAACUGGCUAGCUAUCUUACAACUUAAGACAACAGACUUAAGACUCCUUAAUCCAAUCUCAGUGUGUAUC